UUGUUGUACAUAUUUAAAAGAUUGUUCCUUGUUCUGUGAAACAUCAGCAGCGCGGCGCUCUAACGCUCUCAGUUCUUUCAUUACACACAACACACAUACUGCACAUAUUGUACUGCGAAGCGUUGCUUUAUUCUCCUUAAUGUAAUCUGCUUUGGAGGCGUGACGUCAGGCUCUUCUACUUAUGUGUUACGCAUCAUUUCUUUUAACUUUCUGGUCUUCAUGUUUUUCUGUUGCGAAGAUUGUCUUUUCUUUGUAGCCCUGAUGAAUGUGUCUUUUUAGAUGAUUAGUUGUAUUAAUGUUUACUUAUCACAAGUUAACUAUCAUCUCAUAACUAAAUGUAUGUUGACAUUCCUUUUAUAAUACUAUUAUUAGUAACUAACUAUGUUAUGUCUACUGGUGUGUGGGUGUGUGUUCAAAGGAAAGGGAGAGGCUUCAGUCUUUGAAAGGGUGAGAAAGUGGAAGUUACAUUAAAGUAGUUAAAGACUGUCAGCUCUCUGAUAAGAUGAGCUCAUCAUCUCUCUGCACUUUUCAACAAGAUGAAAAUCAGUCGAGUGGAGUUAUUUUGCAUUCUUUCAGGUCUGAGUGUUGUGCAGAUGAAGCCUCUGAACAUAAAUGGUCGUGUUGGUAAAAGUGUGAAAAUCAGCUGCUCAGACUGGACUUAUGUAACAGAGAAUGUCAAGUACUUUUGUUACAGUCCAUGCACGGAGGACCGACACAUCAUCAUUAAAGCAGCAUAUGGAAAAAUUGAAAAUAAAAAUGGAAUAAAGUUAUAUAACCAAGGAAAAACCUUGUUCGUGACCUUCAGCAAUCUCCAAAAGUCAUAUUCCAAAACAUACUAUUGUGGAGCGGAGAGAUUUGGCUUUGACGCAUAUAUAGAGGUGAUUCUUAAUGUCACUGAUGCUCCGCCCCCCAGUCCCAGCAUGACUCCACAAACUGUCACUGUUGUUCCCACCUCCUCAUUUACAAAGAGCUCCACGAUGUCUUCUAACAGCUCAGAUGUUAUUACUGAUACGUCUACGUCAUACACCACCUUCAAUACACCACCUGCUGCACCAGCACAAGGAUCUGUUAGCUAUGUUCUAUAUUUGGUUAUAGGUGUUAUUGUCGUAAUAAUCAUACUGAUCGUCUCACUCAAGCUUGUGAACAAGCUGAUGAAACAACAAUCGAGUAAGAUUCACAUUAAGAUUAAAUUAAAAUACACCUUGCAGAUAUUUGUCUACUUCAGUCAAGCUUCCACCAGACAAAUUAACAAAUGAUGUCCUUUAUGUUCACAGAAGUUGUGUCAG